AGGAAAUUGUAAGAGAGGGGGGAGCCCAGUUUACGAAGCUGGGCUGCUACAGUCGAAACUUUCAAAUUUUAUUUUCCCCAAAUUGCCCAUUCUUUCCAAUUGAAAAGAUCCAAACUUCUUCAUUCGCCGCCAUUUUUUUCGGAGAUUUGCUGAAAACUUCAAAGGCGAAGAAGUGCUCCCGCUACAACGGUAGAUUAUUCGGCCAGUAAUCGGAGAUUUCGUCGGUUAUAGGUAUUUCGUGAUUUGUGGCUGUCCUGAAUUGCGUGUGAAUUUUUUUGGAAAACCCAGCAAACUAGGGCUUGGAGAAAUGGCUGGGAUGGAGCCAUAUAGUUUAGGCUGGUACCCAAACCCAGAUUGUAGCUGUGGGAGAAGGAUGUUACUUCUACGUGCUGGAUAUAAAGCACAUAAUGCAGGGCGUUACUACUACAAGUGCCCCACUUUUGAGAACCAUCUGAAUGGUUUUUUCUGGUUUGACGAAUUCCAGCUGCACGCGCGAGGCAAUGUGUACUCAAGCCUGAAUCAGGGGAGCUCAUCUCAACAAAACACGUAUAUUGAGCAAACCGCGACAUCAUCUGUUGGUCGAGUAGCCCCGCCGGUGAUCGAGGGCAUGCAAGGCAGUGCUUCUGUGACCGCUACUACCGACAGUCAUAGUUACGUUAGAAUAGGGUCUAUUUGCGUGUUUGUACUUGGCAUGCUAUUUGGGAAGCUCCUCUAAGACUCAUUUGGGAUUGACUAUUUUGUAUGUUAGCUCCUUUUUUUGUUGAUGGCUGUGUGAACUUGGGUUUUAUUGUUGACUCAUGGGAGCACUAUGUUAGCUCCUUUUUUUUUUCUUGGCUAUGUGAACUUGGUUAGCUGCAUCUGGGCAAUUAUGAAUUUAUUAGUGCCUUUGUUUAAAUGGAACUUUUAUAUUUUUGUUGA